AUAUAAAUACAACUGAAAUAUUCAUGCGUUCAUAUCAGUUGAAGUAGUCGAGGGAACUGGAAUCGGUAUAUCUUACAUUCCAAACAAAUAAAAUGAAAACUCUUGCACUUGUGGCGUGUUUCCUGACAAUUUCCUAUGCUGUUGAUCCUCAAGUAACACAGUCGUACAAUAAUUAUGCAAGUUGUAUCAAAGAAUUUAAUGUGCAGGAAUGGACACCAGAAGUAAUUAAAUGUGUAAUGGAAAAGGACAAAGUGAUCGACGAACAAGGUUUAGUCAACAAAGAAAAACUUUUUGCUAAUUAUGAUAAACUCAUUUCCGAUGCGGCCAAGUUGAAGGAAGCAAAAGACAUCUCCACCACAUGUUUUCAGCAAGCCCAAUCAGGAAGCAAUGAUGAAAAGACUAUGACGGCUAUACGGUGCGCAGUACAUGUAGCAGAGCUAUUUGAUAAGCCCGAAUAAAGGAAGAAAGUACAUUUUUUCUCUUGCGUAGUAUUCAUAUAAUAAACUAAUAAGUAAUGCAAUCUCGCGUAUAUGAUUAAAUAUUAAUAAUUCUGAUUUUAUAACUAUACAUUCUCGAAGAUUUUAUAUAAAACCUUCUUGUUUUAUGAAUUGUAAUUAACUUUGUAUGCUUGUAUUCAAUAAAAUAUAAUACUUAA